AUGAAGGAGAAAGUGACCCUGCGACCUUUGCGACCGGCGGUGAAAGCCUUACACGCUGAACCGAGCUAUAGCAAUCCAAAAGCAAAACGGCAGAGCGUCGCAUGCAGAGCUUGUCGCGCAAAGCGGAUAAAGUGUACUGGUGCACCAAUUUGCCAGUCAUGCAUGAUGUUGAAGUUAGCUUGUGACUUUGAGCCAUACAGAGACAAACGCAGGAAAUUGGCGCUACAACAUGUAGAGAAUGCCAAGCAGCGACUUGAGAUCCUUCUUGAGCUUCUGCUUGCAUUCUUAAGCAAAGAGAAAGACGAGACGAUCCUUGAAUGGAAAAAAUGCCUGAAAGACACUCCAUCACUUGAGAUGAUGAUCGCAGACCUUGAAAGAAGGAAAGAACCGGGCCUAUGA